GGAGGGCUGCGCCCGCGUGCUGCGGCGGCGCUGGGCUUGGCGCUAGUGCAGGCGCCAUGGAGGCGGACGCGGCGCCGAGCUCGGAGCGGGGCCCGGGCCCCGAGGAGGGCGCGCGGGCCGUGGCCGCGUUCGCGGCGCUGCACGGCCCGGCGCUGCGCGCGUCGGGGGUCCCCGAGCGGUACUGGGGCCGCCUCCUGCACAAGCUGGAGCACGAGGUUUUCGACGCGGGAGAGAUGUUUGGGAUAAUGCAAGUGGAAGAAGUGGAGGAGGAGGAGAGUGAGGAGGAGGCCACCCGGGAGGCGCACAAGAAGAAGCCCAACCCAGGCAGUGAGCGCUGCUACAAGGUCAUCGUGACCAACGAGAAUGGGCUCCAGGCGGCCAACCCCAACAGCAUCUUCCUCAUCGACCACGCCUGGACCUGCCGCGUGGCGCAUGCCCGCCAGCAGCUGCACCAGGUGCCUGGCCUGCUGCACCGCAUGGCCAACCUGAUGGGCGUCGAGUUCCACGGGGAGCUGCCCAGCGCUGAGGCUGUGGACCAGGUGCUGGAGGAGAUGUGGAAGUUCAACCAGACCUACCAGCUGUCCCACGGGACGGCCGAGGAGAAGGUGCCGGUGUGGUACAUCAUGGACGAGUUCGGCUCGCGCAUCCAGCACUCGGACGUGCCCAGCUUCGCCACCGCCCCCUUCUUCUACAUGCCCCAGCGGGUCGCCUACACGCUGCUGUGGCCCCUGAGGGACCUGGACACAGGCGAGGAGGUGACCCGGGACUUCGCCUAUGGAGAGGCAGACCCUCUGAUCCGGAGGUGCAGGCUCCUGCCAUGGGCCCCCGCCGACAUGCUGGGCCUCAGCUCCCGCACGCCCGAGCCGCCCGAGGCGCACUACCAGGCCAUUUUGGAGGAAAACAAGGAGAAGCUGCCAGUGGCCAUCGAUCCAGUGGCAUAUCCCUGUGACCACAUCUUCAAGGUCUACACGGACGUGCAGCAGGUGCUCAGCCACCUCACCCACCCCCGCUUCACCUUCACCCAGAGCGAGGCGGACGCCGACAUCCUCUACAACUUCUCCCACUUCAAGGACUAUAGGAGGCUCAGCCAGGAGAGGCCGCACGUGCUGCUGAACCAGUUCCCCUGUGAGAACCUGCUGACGGUGAAGGACUGCCUGGCCUCCAUCGCGCGCCGGGCGGGGGGCCCCGAGGGCCCGGCCUGGCUGCCCCGCACCUUCAACCUGCACACCGAGCUGCCCCAGUUUGUCAGCUACUUCCAGCAGCGGGAGAGGCGGGGCGAGGACAACCACUGGAUCUGCAAGCCCUGGAACCUGGCGCGCAGCCUGGACACCCACAUCACCAGGAGCCUCCACAGCGUCAUCCGGCACCGCGAGAGCAGCCCCAAGGUUGUGUCCAAGUACAUUGAAAGUCCUGUCUUGUUCCUUCGAGAAGACGUGGGGAGGGUCAAGUUCGACAUCCGCUACAUUGUGCUGCUGCGGUCGGUGAAGCCCCUGAGGUUGUUCGUGUAUGACGUGUUCUGGCUGCGCUUCUCCAACCGACCCUUCGCUCUCAACGACCUGGACGACUACGAGAAACAUUUCACUGUCAUGAACUACGACCCAGAAGUGGUGCUGAAGCAGGUGCACUAUGACGAGUUCAUCCCCGAGUUUGAGAAGCAGUACCCAGAAUUUCCCUGGAAGAGUGUCCAGGCCGAGAUCUUCCAGGCCUUCACGGAGCUGCUCCACGCGGCAUGUGCGAAGCCACCGCCCCUGGGCCUCUGCGACUACCCCUCGUCCCGGGCCAUGUACGCCAUCGACCUCAUGCUGAAGUGGGACAGCCGUCCAGAUGGGAAGCGAGUGAUGCAGCCACAGAUCCUGGAGGUGAACUUCAACCCGGACUGUGAGCGAGCCUGCCGGUACCACCCGACCUUCUUCAAUGACGUCUUCAGCACCUUGUACCUGGAUGAGCCCAGUGACUGCCAUGUCACCUGCCUGGUGUAGGUGCUCGCUGGCCCUCCUGCUUUUUCUUGAGGCGGAUUCCAGCCUCAGACCCCUGAGCCGCUUCUGCAAAGCCCCCCUCCCCCCUUGGGCACAGGCGGGCCAUGUCCCGGCUUCACACCGGGGCAUGGCCAGGAGCGGGGCCGCCACACUCCCCUCUGCCCCGCCCGUGUGGCAGCGGGUCCUCGAGGCUCGGCCGGGGCUUGACCGCCGCGCGCUUGGUUUCUGGACCGCCAUGUCUCCCAGGGUGCUAACGCCAGAGUGGUUCUGGGGAGCGCGGCAGGGGGUCCUCUGGGAGCCCCGACGUGCACGGGGCCCGGCUGGCUCUUGUCCAGGGGUCGCUCGGGCACCACGGCUCCCCCAGAGCGAGGGUCAGGCUCCCACGCUCCUCCCCAAGGGCCCUGUGUGACGGGCGUCCCCAGAGCACAUCGGGGAACCUGCUUGCCAGACCCAGCCUCGUCACCUGUCCCCACCCCAGCUCAGCCAGAGCCUUCACCAGCAAACCGGGGAGCGCAGGGCGGGAAGCCGCCGCCUUUUGCUGCUGAUGCCUUGCCAAUUAGCAAGGGCCAGCCUGCCCUGGUCCCUCUGGCCCCAGGGUCCCCGGCACCGCCAUGGUUCCGCCCUGAGUUUGGGUGGCGCUUUGUCGAGGGGACCGGCGUGGGCAGCAGAGCGCCAAGCUGUGGACGGCUUCGGAAGCUGGUUCCACAGAGGACUUCACGUUGGUCAGACACCGUCUUCUACCGGGCUCUAGAGUCAAAAUGCUGGAUCACUGUUGCUCUUUCAUUUAUGGGAAGAAAAUACACAAUUCUCGUUGUUAAUGUGGUUUCUGAGACUUGGAGUCGGAAGGCCAGCGUACUGCGCAGCACCGUGCGCCAGGGCCCGGCUCCCAGCGGCUCCCGGCAGCGGGAGGCUGCCCGCUGAGUUUGCUGUGUCUGUGUCAAGGGUGGAGCGCUUGUUUCCACCUGAAGCCGAGAGCAUUCCCUGUAGCAAAACUGGACCAGAUUGUGCCUCCCAUCUCUGUGUGGCUGUGUCUGUCUGUCCAUCCUCUCUGUUGACCACAAUAAACCUCAGCCCUUCCCUCCAGCCAAGCAGAGAGGUAGCAGGGGGACACCUUGUCUCAGCUGCUGGCGUUCUGUCCCCUUCUCAACUGGAUUUGUA